AUGGCGGACGAAGGGUAAAGAAAAGAAGACGAACCAUAAAGAGGAACAAAGAAUACGUAGUUACAGCGUGAUAUCAUGGCUAAGAAGUAAUUAUAGAUCAAGACUUGAAAACACUUGGAAAAUAAUUUUUUAUGGAGACGAAAACUAAUUAACUUAAUUACCUUUAAUGAUGCUUACAAAGACUGUAUCAAAGAUUAUUCCCAUGGAUGGAUCUAUUUUUCAGACGUUAUCAAGGACGUGCGUUUUCUUGCCAUCACUUAGACGAAUAACUUUGAAAGCAUCAAAGGCAAAGGAGAUACAAUUUUGUACUUUGAACUCAAGAAUAUUCAGAACGUCUUUAUUACUGAAUACACAUAGAUAUUAUGGUACCUAUAUACCAUCUUAUGAGAUUGAGAAUGCACUUAACGAGAAGAACAAAACCAGAGUGAUAAAUGACCUAAAACGAAUGAAGCCUAAAAAGACACUAAUAGAAAGCUGUAAGUCAGAAGCUGCUGUUCUUGUACCAUUCUGUACUGUAGAUAACAAGCCAUCCUUACUCUUUACUUUGAGGUCAAGUUCACUUUUCAAACACAGAGGAGAAGUCAGUUUUCCUGGAGGUAAGAGAGACAAAGAAGACAAGAGCAUUGUGGAGACAGCAGUAAGAGAGACAGUAGAAGAACUUGGAAUAGAGUCAAACCAAAUAGAAAUAUGGGCACCUCUCACACCAAUGCCGGACAGGUUAGUGAGGAUUGCAAUAACACCAGUACUGGGAUUUCUUGGUGAAGUUGAUGUCAAAAGUAUUCCAUUCAAUCACAAUGAGGUUUCAGAAGUGUUUACUAUGGAGAUAAAGCAUGCACUAGAACACAGAAGGUUCACAAAAUUCAAGACAGGAUCAAGAAUGCCAGUAUUCCCUCGGAGUGGUGGAUCUCAGAGAGUUUGGGGUUUGACUGCAAUUAUAGUUGAUAGAGUAUUUGAAAUAUUGUUUCCGGGUAAAUACAACAUGUUGACAAAAAUAAAAAUAAAAAAACAUGAAUAAAUACAAUCCAGAACUUCUCCAUUUUGCAAAUCUUUGCAAGGGUUUUUUAAUUAUUAUAUUUUACAUGAGUUUACCAUGCAAGUCAGCAGUUCUAGAUCUACUUUUUGUAUUGGGGUGAGAAUGAACGCUUCUUAAAAGUAUCCAGGAUUGGAGGCUUACACCGAAAUACAAAAGAAAUCACACUUUUUUCAAUGGAAUUUGUGGCAUUUCUUUUGUAUUUCCAUGUUAGCCUUGCAUCAGUGAUACUUUUGAGAGUCCAUUAGAUUUGUAUUUAUGAAACAUACUGUUGCAAAAACUUUUUUUUAUUAGUAUCAUAUCCAAACUCUCAUUGGAAAUAAAUUUUUCACAAACUAAUAUCUUUAAAACUUUAACAGAUAAUUUAAAAACUUAAAAUUUUAUAUUUGUGCUCUAUAAGUGCAAAUAUGGGUCGGUGAACAGCAAGAGCUUAUUACAAAGAUCAUAUUGACCACAAACUAUGGACAAUCAAAAUGGUAUUUGUAGUGCUUUCAUUUGACAGUAUGUAAUAAAAGUAUGUUGUGAAACAAGUUUCAUUUUGAAAUAAUAAACUUUAAUGAUUUUUUAAAA